UUGGUCGUGUAGUUAUGGGAUAGGGAUAAUCUUGUGGGAGCUUCACUCGGCUGUUAUUGAGAUUAGAUUUGCAUUUUCAUCAGGGCACGAGCAAAGAUUUAAUCAUUUCUCGGUGUUCCAGCUCAGAGAAGAAGCGAGGGCGAAUUCUGCCAGAUCUGAAGUUAAUCCUCACCUCGCAUCGUGAGCGCGUGGAGUGGCAGCUAGUGAGACGGUGCCCACCGUUGAGAACGCGCACGGAGCAGCGGGACGUUCUUGGUCUUUCUCUACAGUCCUCUUUCAGUUCUUACUAUGUGCCGAGACCAAUAAGGAAAAGGAUGCAUUCAGUGGGAAGACGUUUUGAAUAGGAAAGCGGUGCCCGAUUAAGAGUGAUGGGUUAGGACGGGCAAACGGAGCUCGGUUUGAGCUACACUUGCAGGAGAACAUUUUUUUUAGCCCUCUCCAAAAAGCAGAGAUAGUGAUGGAAGUUGGAUGCCGAUUUAUUUCUCGUUGGGAUACAAGGACUGGCACGAAUUAAAGAAAAUGGAGAUCAACAUUAAGUUUGACUCCAGGACGACGGAGGCGAGGAAGGGGCUGCGGUUGUUCCUGCUCUACUUCAUGGCGGGGUUGUGUAUGAGUGCGCAGCAAGUCUUGAGAAUCGGUGGGAUUUUUGAGACCAUGGAGAACGAGCCCGUGAGCGUGGAGGAGCUGGCUUUCAAAUUCGCCGUCACCAACAUCAACCGGAACAAAACCCUGAUGCCCAACACCACCCUGACGUACGACAUUCAGAGAAUAAACCUCUUCGACAGCUUUGAAGCCUCGAGAAGAGCGUGUGACCAGCUGGCCCUGGGCGUGGCGGCGGUGUUUGGCCCCUCACACAGCUCGUCGGUGAGCGCGGUGCAGUCCAUCUGUAACGCCCUGGAGGUGCCGCACAUCCAGACCCGCUGGAAGCACCCGUCCGUGGACAACAAGGACAGCUUCUACAUCAACCUGUACCCCGAGCACUCCUCCGUCAGCCGCGCCAUCCUGGACGUGGUGCAGUUCUACAAGUGGAGGGCGGUGACCGUGGUCUACGAGGACAGCACGGGGCUGAUGCGUCUGCAGGAGCUGAUCAAAGCGCCGUCGAGGUACAACAUUAAAGUGAAGAUCCGGCAGCUGCCCCCUGGGAACGCGGACGCCCGGCCCCUGCUGAAGGAGAUGAAGAAGGGCAGGGAGUUCUUCGUCAUCUUCGACUGCUCCUACCCCACGGCCGCCGACAUCCUCAAGCAGAUAAUGUCCAUGGGAAUGAUGACCGAAUACUACCACUUCUUUUUCACGACUCUGGACAUGUUCGCCCUGGAUCUGGACCCGUACCGCUUCAGCGGGGUGAACAUGACGGGGUUCCGCCUGCUGAACAUGGACAGCCCGUACGUGGCCUCCGUGAUGGAGAAGUGGUCUAUGGAGCGCGUGCAGGCCCCGUCCAGACCUGAGAUCGGGCUCCGGGACGGUGUGAUGACGACGGAGGCGGCCCUGAUGUACGACGCCGUGUACAUGGUUGCCGUGGCAGCGCAGCGCUCCACGCAGAUGACGGUCAGCUCGCUGCAGUGCCACAGACACAAGCCCUGGCGCUUCGGACCGCGCUUCAUGAACCUGUUCAAGGAAGCACAGUGGAACGGGCUGACGGGACACGUGCUCCUGAACAGGACGGACGGCUUGAGGAAGGACUUCACCUUGGACGUCAUCAGCCUGAGAGAGGACGGCACGGCGAAGGUUGCCGUUUGGAACUCCAUAACCGGCCUAAACUUAACUGAACUCAGCCUGGCCGAAAACAUGAACAUCUCCGACUCCAUGGCAAACAGAACACUCAUCGUCACCACUAUUCUGGAAAACCCCUACGUCAUGUAUAAGAAGUCGAACAAAGAGCUGUAUGGGAACGACAGAUUUGAAGGGUACUGUCUGGACCUGCUGAAGGAGCUGUCCAACAUCCUGGGCUUCUCGUACGAGGUGAAGCUGGUGUCAGACGGAAAGUACGGGGCGCAGAACGACAAGGGCGAGUGGAACGGCAUGGUGCGGGAGCUCAUAGACCACAUAGCUGACCUGGCAGUCGCUCCUCUGACCAUCACCUACGUGAGGGAGAAGGUCAUCGACUUCUCCAAGCCCUUCAUGACCCUGGGCAUCAGCAUUCUGUACCGCAAGCCCAACGGCACCAACCCGGGGGUGUUCUCCUUCCUCAACCCCCUGUCCCCCGACAUCUGGAUGUACGUCCUGCUGGCCUGCCUGGGGGUCAGCUGUGUGCUGUUCGUCAUCGCCCGGUUUACCCCCUACGAGUGGUAUAACCCGCACCCCUGCAACCCCGAUUCGGACGUGGUGGAGAACAAUUUUACGUUACUCAAUAGUUUCUGGUUUGGAGUUGGCGCUCUCAUGCAGCAAGGGUCAGAGCUGAUGCCUAAAGCUCUGUCCACCCGAAUUGUGGGAGGGAUCUGGUGGUUCUUCACGCUCAUAAUAAUAUCCUCGUACACGGCCAACCUGGCCGCCUUCCUGACGGUGGAGCGGAUGGACUCGCCCAUCGACUCUGCGGACGACCUGGCCAAGCAGACGAAGAUAGAGUACGGCGCCGUGCGAGACGGAUCCACCAUGACGUUCUUUAAGAAAUCUAAAAUCUCCACGUAUGAAAAGAUGUGGGCUUUCAUGAGCAGCCGGAAAAGCACGGCCCUGGUGAAGAACAACCGGGAGGGCAUUCAGAGAGUGCUCACCACGGACUACGCCCUCCUCAUGGAGUCCACCAGCAUCGAAUACAUCAGCCAGCGCAACUGCAACCUCACGCAAAUCGGAGGACUGAUAGACUCUAAAGGCUACGGUGUAGGAACUCCUAUUGGCUCUCCCUACAGGGACAAGGUGACCAUCGCCAUCCUGCAGCUGCAGGAGGAGGGGAAGCUCCACAUGAUGAAGGAGAAGUGGUGGAGGGGCAACGGCUGCCCGGAGGAGGACAGCAAGGAGGCCAGCGCCCUGGGCGUGGAGAACAUCGGGGGCAUCUUCAUCGUGCUGGCCGCCGGCCUCGUCCUCUCCGUGUUCGUGGCCAUCGGAGAGUUCAUCUACAAAGCCCGCAAGAACACCGACAUCGAGGAGUGUAUUUCCUUUAGUGCCGUCAUGGAGGAGCUGGGCAUCUCGCUCCGCUGUCACAGACCCGUGAAGAAAAAGGUGAAAUCCAAGGGACGAACGGGCCUGUCCAGCCUCCUGCUGUGCCAACCCAAGCGCGUCCUGAGGAAAGGAACUCUGGGAUAGGUCACGGAGGUCGGGCAGUCCGUACGGAGGCUUCGGGCUAUUCAUUCACACUUUGUUGUCUAUCUCUUUAUAUUAAAAAAAAAAAACAAACACAUUUUUUUUUGUUUUACACAACACAUGAGAAUGCCGGAUGCUGUGUUGCUGCGUAUGGUCUCAACUUGAUAACGUCAACAAAAAAGUUUUUUCAUUUUAUUUUAUUUUUUUUCAUUAUGGAUGAAUGAAAUGUAGGAAUAGAACUCUCAACGGUCUGACUCCUGAUGCCCAUCCUGUUUGUGUUAAUACGUACAUUUUCUUGUGCUGUCCCUACUUUUCACAAUAAAAAUGUUUAUAAUU